AUGUCUGCGUUUGGCGGUGGGUUUGGCGGCAGUGGCGGCUUCGGCACCAACAAUAACACCGCUUCUGGUGGAUUCGGUGGCUUUGGCAACUCGAACAACACCACGGGAUCAGCAUUUGGCACCAACACCGGAAACACUACUGGCGGCUUUGGUACUAGCAACCCUAGUACUGGUGGUAGUGGUCUCUUCGGUUCUGGAGGCACUACAAGCUUUGGCAGUGGCACUACCAGCGCAUUUGGGUCGACCGGAAACACAGGCGCAUUCGGUGCCAAACCGGGCGGCUUUGGAACUACCACAUCCGCAGGUGGCGGCUUAUUCGGGGGCUCUACCACAGCAACAUCAGGUGGCUUCGGUGGCUUCGGCGCGUCCAACACGAAUAAUGCGUCAACAUCGAGUCCCUUCGGAGGAGGGACGGGAUCAUCACUCUUUGGCGGCAAUACCGCCAACAAGCCUGCCUUUGGAGCUGCAACAGCCAACAAUUCGGGUGGUCUUUUUGGUAGCAACAACACGAGUACAGCCUCCACAUUUGGAAGUUUCGGCAACACAACCAACAAUGCCGCGAGUCCUGCCCUGGGAAAUAUGGGCGAUCCGCCAGGCACCGCCAAUGUGACAACUUUUCAACCUUUGGUAGAAAAAGAAGGCGCAAAUACCUCGGCUCAGAAUUCGUUCCAGAACAUUUUAUUCCAAGACGCCUACAAGAAAUGGUCGGCAGAAGAGCUACGACUCGCAGACUAUGCUGCCGGCCGUCGUUACGGCGGUGCCUCGGGAAGCAGCACUUUUGGGGUCGGAACUGGAUUUGGUGGUGGUAGUUUCGGUGCUACUAACCAGCCUACCAACUCUGCUUUUGGUAACUCGACCACGAACACAACUGGGGGUAGCCUCUUCGGCAACAAUGCCUCGUCAGGUGGAACAUUCGGCUCAACCAACACCGGGACGAGCGCCUUCGGCUCUAAUACCGGCGGUGGUGGGCUAUUUGGAAACAAGCCUGCCACUACUGGUGGUCUAUUUGGCAGCUCCACGACGACAUCACAGCCAGCUCAAUCUGGCGGUCUUUUCGGAACAUCUGGAACAGGCGGGUUUGGUACUAAUACCGGCACAGGCACAAGUGCAUUUGGUACCGCCAAUAACACUACCGGCAGUGGGAUAUUUGGGAAUAAUAACCAGAAUAAGCCAGGCUUUAGUUUCGGAAAUGCUAACACGAACACUGGUGGUUUCGGCAGCAGUGCCAACGCUUUCGGCGGUACAAAUACCAAUACAAGUGGUGGUCUCUUCGGCAACAACAGUAACACCGCGACAAAUAACAGCACUGGCGGAGGCUUAUUCGGGAACGCCAACCAACAGACCACGAACGCGUUUGGUGGUACUAGUGGUUUCGGCGCGCAGAACCAGCAACAGCAGUCUGGAGGGCUGUUCGGCAACAGUCAACAGAAACCAGCAGGUACAGGCCUAUUUGGCAGUACCAGCGCUCCCACCAACACUGGAGGCGGACUAUUUGGUAAUAGCACCAACACCACAAACGCAUUUGGUCAGCCGAGCAAUACACAAGCUGGAGGCGGUGGCCUUUUCGGCAAUAAUAAGCCUGCAGGGUCCACCGGCGGACUUUUUGGUAAUGCUGGGGCCACACAAAACACUAACGCGGCGGGUGGACUUUUCGGUAGCUUGGGACAAAAUAACCAAAAUCAGCAACAGCAACCGCAACAGAGCGGUGGGUUGUUUGGGUCUCUCAACCAGAGUCAACAGAAACCAGGAGGACUGUUCGGUACAGCUCCACAGUCCGCUGGGGGCAGCUUCUUGGGUGGUCAGAACACGCAACAAGGAUCUCUAUUUGGUGGGUCCACUGCACAGCAACCUCAAAACAGUACGAUGGGAGGCUCCAUGUUUGGAAAUUCCCAGGGAGUCCAGUCGAAUGCACCGUCGUUGACAGCAAGCAUCACUGAUCCUAACGCAUACGGCUCUCUAUUCGCCAACUUCGGCAGUAACGAGUCUGUGAACCCUGGGCCACUGGCUACACCAACAAAUAAGAGACAAUCUAAGCGACCGUCAAUCUUACCUUAUUACCGGCUUGGUCCCCAGUCUGCAACUCCCCGGCUUGUUACACCUCAGAAACGUGGUUUCGGAUUCUCGUACAGUACGUAUGGUUCACCGAACACUCCAUCAAGCGUAGCCAGCACGCCUGGCGCAUUAUCGCAGAGCCUAUUAGGUGGAAGCCUAUCCCGCAACCUGGGCAAAAGUGUUUCAACCAGUAAUUUAAGGCGCAGCUUCAAUAUCGAGGACAGCGUCUUGGUGCCUGGGGCGUUUUCGGCUAGUACAGGGCCAAAGCCAUAUCACAGUGGAAGCGUGAAGAAACUUGUUAUUAACAGGGACCUUCGCAGCGACCUAUUUUCUACCCCCACAAAAGACAAACCAACUCCGGAAACUCCAAACACUGCUCGUAAAUUGCAGAAGCGAGUCAGCUUUGACACAAGUAACGUACAGACAAAUGGUGAGGCAAGCAUCACAAAUGGUUCACCAAAAACAACUCCAAGCGCGGAGCAGCUUGGAUAUGUCAGGCCCCGGGCUAUAAACGGCGUGGAUGAGAAUAAAUCCAACGCUACUUCUUCGACCCCUGAGAUGGUGCAAGUCAAGGGUAAUGAACUUGCGAUCGUACAUGAAGAUCAAGCUGCUUCACCUCCACUUCGUAACUCAAAUGCCACUCGUGACGGCGAGCCAGGCAGCUACUGGAUGUCUCCAGCCAAAGAAGAGAUUCAGAGUAUGAAUCGCGUCCAACGCCAGAAGGUCGCAGAUUUCACUGUCGGGCGUGAGAGCAUUGGUUACGUCAGAUUCAAAGUUCCAGUAGAUCUAUCCUCCAUAGAUCUAGACGCUAUAUAUGAUAAUAUUGUCGUCUUGGCGCCUCGCUCUGCGACAGUGUACCCCAACCCUGGCACCAAACCUCCAGUUGGUAAAGGUUUGAACGUACCUGCUCUCAUCAAUCUAGAAAAUGCCUAUCCGCGCGCUUCAAGGACUGGCAAGCCUACCUCCGUCUCUAAACAUGUCCAACGGCUCCAAAGGAUUCCCGAUACCAAAUUUGAGAAAUACAAUCCUGACUCGGGCGAGUGGGCUUUCUCUGUCGAACACUUUACAACAUACGGUUUGGAUGACAGCGAAGAUGAAGAUGAGGAGGAUGCUGCACCUGAAGCGUCGACUGCCGUUGUGGACGGAGCUGAACUAGCCUCAUCUGUAGGAUCUGGCCCUGACAGCAGUUUCAACCGAUCGACAAGAUCUCAUCAUCCUCCGGGCGCCUUUGAGCCAAAGGAAUACGAUUAUGAAAGUGACGGAUCGGAGAUGGCGGAGGUUAACGCUUCCAAGCCGUCUUUUUUAGCUAGUCGCUCCGCGGGUUCUGCGUACCAUGGGCUUGUUCCUUUGGAUCAAGCUAUGACGGACAAUGAAUAUGCGAUGUCUGAGGUAAAUGAUAAUGCGAGUGAUCACCUUGGACACCAUCUCGCCGCGGAGCAAGACGGAGACUCGUUUGAAGGCAGCCAGUCAGAUCUUACUCCUGAAACCCCUGCUGGUAUCAUGAGGGCAAGGAUGCGUGCAAUCAAGAUUUCGGCAACGCCACAAAGAGUUCAGGUAGCAGCUGGUGACGACUGGAUGGAUAUGCUCAGCAAAUCUAUAAGCCCCCAAAAACGCGAUCGGGCAUUGCUCAGAAGCAUCUAUGAAGCGGACAAGUAUCGUUCAGACAUAGACGACAAUAGGAGGGCGUCGCCCACAAAGAAAAGGGUCGUAUCAGACAGUAAAGGGUUUGCAACCAGCAUUGAUCUUAUGAAUUCACUGUUUGAAAAAGCCAAAGCUCCUGCUGAGAAUCUUCAGGCCUCAAUUCGGCCGGAAGGUGUCAAGUGGCCAUACAAACGUUUGACGAAACAUAUAGAUGAAAAUGACAUGAAUCCUGCAGACAGAACUUGGCAUAAUACAAUGCGACCUACCUGGGGACCUGGUGGUACCCUCAUUUUCUCUACCGCGCCAAGCGCUGCCACGUUUGGCCGUUCUGGUCGCAUAACCGAGAAAAACGGGUUGAUGACUGUCAUGAAAGGAGGCAUUGUGUCGGAAACUCAGGAUAUCCGUAUCGCCAAAUUCGCUAACGAAAUGUCUGCGAAGGCCAUAAAUGCCCAUUCGAAGCUAGCACAGGUCCACAUCGUCGAUGGUAUUCCCGCCGUAGAGCUGAACCCUAGGUUGAGCCUCAAGGACUUCGCUGUUGUUAGUGGAUCCAAAAGCUCAGCUGAGGACCAUGAGCGACUUGUUUGGGAACUUGCUAGUGUUCUAUUCGAUAACGUCAAGAUCCCCUUGGAAUUGCAGGGUGAUCAUGAUGCGAUUGAGAAGCUUCGUCGUGAGAGUCUCACCCGACUAUGGGAAUCCAUGGUAGACGACCGCACUAACAAAGCAGUUGCCAUGGCACACUCUCAUGAGGAGAAGGCCUUGGCGGCUCUGUCGGGCCAUCGUGUAGCUGAGGCGUGUAAGCAUCUCCUAGAAGGGAAGAACUUUCGUCUCGCUACAUUAGUCUCCCUGAUCGGAACAAGCGAUGAGCUGAAGAAAGAUUUACGAGAACAACUCCGAGAGUGGCACGAUGCUAAUGUGUUGUCUGAGUUCUCGCAGCCCAUACGAGCUCUGUAUGAGAUGCUCAGUGGCAACGUAUGCGCAUGUGAAGGGACCAAAGGAGCACUAGAAGACCGUGCAGAGCCAUUCUUGAUAUCGAGAAGAUUUGGCCUGAACUGGCAACAAGCAUUCGGGCUGAGACUCUGGUAUGCAAUCUCUACCAAUAGCAGCAUCGCCGAGGCUUUCGAAAAAUACAGAGAAGAUGUUGAGCAAGAUAAGGAGUUACGUCCUAUCGUAUGGUUUGCCCAGCAUGGCAUCUCACCCAUCUGGGAUGAUACCCAUCAAAACGACAGAGAGGACCUUCUCUGGGGCCUCUUAAAGCUCUAUUCAGAUAGUCAGGCUGAUCUUGAGGCUAUUCUUCGGCCAGAGAACUCGCAGCUGUCGCCACUCGAUUACCGUCUUUGCUGGCAACUAGGACAAGCCCUCACAUCUACUGGUCGUUUAUCGUUCGGCAAAAAUGCUGCUGAUAAGGCAGACGCGGCUACCAUCUCUUUUGCAGCGCAGUUAACAAACGAGGGUAGCUGGCUUGAAGCUCUUUUUGUCUUGCUGCACCUCACUGAUGCAAAUGCGCGUGCCAGGGCUGUCCAGGAUCACCUAUGCCGACAUGCUGCAUUGAUCGGGAACGACGAUUCAGCCGCAUUCCGGAAACUUGUGAUUGAUUACAAAGUUCCGACAAGAUGGAUCUGGCAUGCCAAAGCUCUAUACAUGCGAAGUGCCAAAAAGGACGCUGUAGCUGAAGUCAGAUGCUUGCUUCGUGCUGAAUCCUGGGCUGAAGCUCACCAGACGUUCGUCAAAGAGGUCGCUCCGAAAACUAUUAUUGAACGGAAUUAUGAUGGGUUAGCCGAUGUCCUUCAGCAAUUUGAGGGCCGCCAAUCGUAUGUCCUCAAUUGGAAUGUAGGGGGCGCAAUCUACAUGGCCUUCCUCCAGCUAAUAGGCUGCCACCGUCGUGGCGAAGAACCUUCAGAAUUACUGGUCAACAGCCUGCUUGAGGGUUUGCCCGCAAUGCACGGCAACACCCCGGAGGCCGGCAUAAUAGAAUAUGCGGCUCUCACAGAAAUGGCCGCCGAAGUCGCCCGGAUAGUUGUUAAUAUGGCUAAAACUGGAGAGUUGGGUUAUGACAGAAUUCUGCAUCUACCAUUGACCGAGGAUGUUUUACUAAAGCAUUCUAGGGAUUUAGCAUUAUCCCAUUACAACCGCAUUAUUAUUGGUUAG